AUGAAGAUACUUUGUAUUUUCCUGAUCUUUGUCUUUACUGCCUCUUGUGGUCCAUCAGUUUCACAGAAGAAAACAAGAGAAAGAACAAGAAAAACUGCAGAGAGAGAAAUGGAAUGUCUCCUUGUUCGUGGUGUUUGCAAGACUUCAUGCAGCAGCUGGGAAUACAUAUAUACUUACUGCAACAACAAGCCCUGCUGUGUUCUACGGGACUACAUACAGCCAGACGCUAAACACGUCACGGCUAAACACGUUACCACUACUAUAGCUUAUACGCAUGCAACUUCUAAUUCUACUACACUAUACAAUACUGUGUUGUAA